UUAUCAUUUCAUUUGAAAAAUUUAGAUCCUAACAAUUGUGUGUGUGUAUAUUUUAACAAACUGUGUAAUACUGUUAACCCUUCACACUUCCAAAGAUAUAGCAUGAAAAUUCAUUUUUAUCAUAAAAACCAGAAGGAAGAAUUUAAAGUUUGAUGUCUGGACCCUGAAUUUAAUUUCAACAUCUAGUUUUAUACAUUAUAAAUAGACACCAGUGAUCUUUUUUUCCUUUGGAUUUUUUCCUCUCCUACAAUUGCUCCAUAUUUGUUAUUUGAAGCUCUGAUCAUCACUAUCAAUCAUUUUUGUUCUUUUUUCUCCCCCGACUCUACUUCAAAACUUCUGUAACUCAUUUGCUUCGAAGUCUAGAAUCUCCUUUACAAGUCAGCUUACUGGGUGGGCUGAAUUGCCCUGGAAAGGAAGGAUUAUUAGGAAGUCAUUGUGAACUAAGAGACCUUACUAAUUUGCUCUGUAAACUGAAUAGAGUAUCAGAGAAUUUUCUUUUUCCGUGAUGAAUUUAGGUAGUGUGUAUUGUGAGCUGUAUCAGUUGGAUUAAUUACUUCAAGGUUGCAAUUUUUAAUUGAUAUGACUGUUGCACAUAAUUAUUCUGGUAAGUGGUUCAACGAACGUCUGCUGUUUGUAUUUCAACUCUUGGAGCCAAUAACUUUUGGAAGCAUUUAAUGCAGCUGGAGAAUAACACUAACAAUCAUUAUAGCCUGCAAAGUGUGCAACAAUUUCAUUGUACUUUUGUCCAAAGACUGAUAAGACUCAUCAGAUCAGAGUUGAAAAAAAAUCCCAUUUUAUUAUGAUUAAAGAAAUUGUGUAAAAAGGAAUGAAUUUUGGGGCAGCUCAGUGCUAUUUAUCUGGUAAGAUAUUGCUUUGAUAAGAAUUCACUUUAAGUGUGGAAGGGCAAUCUUUCAUCUGAAAGGGAUUGUUGUGCUUCAUUCACAUUUUUCCCCCAUGUGAUAAAAACCCUAGCUGAUAACACAGAUGUAGCUCAUUUGGAGAAAACAAGGAAGGGAAGAAAAGCGCUGGGGUGGAGGAAGGAGUAGUCAGCUUCCAACUCCUGCAGCUUUUCCUGGUCUUUUCAUUCUCCAGAGCAUCUUGGGUCUCCUCUAGGAGUAUGUGAUGCCCUCGCCUCUAGUCCUGCGUCGCUACCUCCCUGGUGAGCUAUCCCCAUCAGUUGACUCUCGGCCCUGCAGCAGUCCUUCCGAGUUCCCAGGGAAAGCAGGGAACCUCUUCCUGGGGGUCACUCCUCCUCGAGCCCCAAGGCUGCCUCGCCGGCUAGCCUGGUGCUCCAUUGACUGGGAACAGGUGUGCUUGCUACAAAGGUUGGGAGCUGGAGGUUUUGGUUCAGUGUACAAGGCAACUUACCAUGGUGUUCCUGUGGCCAUAAAGCAAGUGAACAAGUGCACCAAGAACCGACGAGCAUCCCAGCGCAGCUUCUGGGCUGAGCUCAACAUUGCAAGGCUGCACCAUGACAACAUAGUGCGGGUUGUGGCUGCAAGUACCCAGACACCUGCAGACUCCAAUAGUCUAGGUACCAUAAUCAUGGAAUUUGGGGGCAAUGUCACUUUACACCAAGUUAUCUACGGUGCCACUGGCUACCCUGAGGAGGAGGCUGAGGAGUCUCACUGCUUAGAUGGAGAGCAAUUAAGUUUGGGGAAGUGUCUAAAGUACUCCCUAGAUGUUGUGAAUGGCCUGCGUUUCCUUCACUCUCAAAGCAUCGUGCACUUGGACCUGAAGCCAGCGAACAUUUUGAUCAGUGAGCAGGAUGUCUGUAAAAUUGGUGACUUUGGCUGCUCUGAGAAGCUGGAAGAUCUGCGGGGCUUCCAGGCUCCCCCUUACCACCUAGGAGGCACGUACACCCACAGAGCCCCAGAGCUCUUGAAAGGAGAGAGGGUAACACCCAAAGCUGACAUCUAUUCUUUUGCCAUCACUCUCUGGCAAAUGACUACCAGGGAGGUGCCUUAUUCUGGGGAGCGGCAGUACGUGCUCUAUGCAGUGGUGGCAUACAACCUUCGUCCGUCACUUGAGGCAGCUGUCUUCAGGGACUCUGUCCCUGGGCAGAGGCUUGAGAGCAUCAUCAAAUGCUGCUGGAGGGCCAGUGCUUUGCAGAGGCCAAGCACAGAACUCCUCUUUGUCGACCUGAACUCUUUAAAAGCUGAAAUGGGCUGA